AUCGCCACACCGCCCUGCAGAAACGCUCAUUCGUAGAAGCUUCUCCGCUGGAAAGUGAGACACGCUGUCACCGCGAGGAACAGUUCUGGGAAGUCAAGUCGUGCCAGCCGCAUCGCAUUCAUUGCAGCUACCCCGCUUGACCGCAUCGAAUUCACCUUAAAUAUGUCUAUCAUCAUCAGUUGUAAAACGGACCAGUUUAUAAUGAACGAGCCUCACAGAAAAAACUGGACUCUAUAGCCAACGGGAUCCCAAGGACUUGAUUCCAGUCGCUUCAAGCCUGCUAGUUUGCAUUGGUGCGGCUGCCCCCCACCCAUUUGACCCCCCACACACACACACGCCGGUUUGCAAAAGAAAGGGUUCGCUCCUGCCUGCCUUGCUCAGUUUGUCACUUGCGCUCUCUUUCACUCUCUCCAGAUCUCCAGUUUUCUUCAGGUCUAAUCUCCAAACAGCUUGAAAAUGAUUCCCAACGGCUAUCUGAUCUUCGAGGACGAAAGCUUUUUGGACUCCACCGUGGCCAAGAUGAAUGCGCUUCGCAAGAGCGGCCAGUUCUGUGACGUCAGACUGCAGGUGUGCGGUCAUGAGCUGAUGGCCCACCGGGCCGUGCUGGCCUGCUGCAGCCCCUACCUGUUUGAGAUCUUCAACAGCGACGCCGAGCCCCACGGUGUGGCCCAUGUCAAGUUUGAGGACCUGGACCCGCAAGCCGUUGAGGUUCUGCUCAACUAUGCCUACACUGCCCAGCUGAAGGCUGAUAAGGAACUGGUGAAGGACGUCUACUCUGCUGCCAAACGGCUCAAGAUGGAGAGAGUGAAGCAGAUCUGCGGAGACUACCUGCUCUCCAAGAUGGAUGCACAGAGUGCCAUCUCCUACCGCCACUUCGCCAGCGGAAUGAGAGACGCCCGGCUCCUCGGCAAGAUCGAUAGCUUCAUCCAGGAGCACCUUCUGGAGGUGUCCGAGCAGGAGGACUUCCUCAAGCUGCCCCGCUUGAAGCUGGAGGUGAUGCUGGAGGACAACCUGAUGUUACCUAGCAACGGGAAGCUGUACUCUAAGGUGAUCUCGUGGGUGCAGCGCAGCCUGUGGGAGAACGGCGAGCCGCUGGAGAGGUUGAUGGAGGAGGUGCAAACGCUGUACUACUCAGCUGACCACAAGCUCCUGGACAGAGCUCUGCUGGACGGGCAGACCGAGGUGUUUGGUGCUGACGAAGAUCACAUCCAGUUUGUGCAGAAGAAGGCCCCUCGUGAGAGCGUGAGCAGGCAGCUGAGCGCCAGCUCCUCUGGCACCCUCUCUCCCGGCUCCACCAAGCAGACCAGCAAACACGAGUGGAAGUACAUCGCCUCCGAGAAGACCAGUAAUAACACCUACCUGUGUCUGGCGGUGCUGGACGGCACGCUGUGCGUGAUCUUCCUGCACGGGCGCAACUCUCCUCAGAGCUCCCCGUCGGCCACGCCCUGCCUGCUCAAGAGCCUGAGCUGGGAGGGCCCGCUGGAGGAGAGUGAGGAUCGUCCGCUGGCCCCCAUGCACUACGCCCGCUCUGGCCUGGGCACCGCCGCGCUGGAAGGCCGCCUCAUCGCCGCAGGUGGUUACAACAGAGAAGAGUGUUUGAGGACUGUGGAGUGUUACAACCUGAAGAACGACAGCUGGACGUUUGUGGCUCCCAUGCGCACGCCUCGGGCUCGCUUCCAGAUGGCUGUGCUCAUGGGGCAGCUGUACGUGAUGGGCGGCUCCAACGGCCACUCGGAUGAGCUGAGUUGCGGGGAGACAUACAACCCGACCACCGAUGAGUGGACUCAGGUGCCAGAGCUUCGGACCAACCGCUGCAACGCAGGUGUCUGUUCCCUUAACAACAAAUUGUACGUUGUGGGGGGGUCGGACCCCUGUGGGCAGAAGGGCCUUAAGAACUGCGACGCCUUUGACCCAGUCACCAAAGUCUGGAGCAACUGUGCCCCCCUCAACAUCAGGAGGCAUCAGGCAGCGGUGUGCGAGUUGGAUGGCUUCAUGUAUGCUAUCGGAGGAGCGGAGUCCUGGAACUGCCUGAACAGCGUGGAGCGCUACAAUCCUGACAACAACACGUGGACCCUCAUCGCCCCCAUGAACGUGGCCCGUCGGGGCGCAGGCGUGACUGUGUACGAAGGCAAGCUGUUUGUGGUGGGUGGGUUUGACGGCACUCACGCUCUACGCUGCGUUGAGGUGUACGACCCUGCCCGCAACGAGUGGAGGAUGCUGGGAAGCAUGACGUCAGCACGUAGCAAUGCGGGUGUGGCCCUGCUCGGCAACUUUAUCUGCGCUGUUGGCGGCUUUGACGGCAACGAGUUCCUGAACACCAUGGAGCUGUACGACCUGGAUGCAGACGAGUGGACUUCCUGUGCCACCGACUGCACCCCUGCCUGAGCUACGUGUGUGUGUGGGGGGGUGAUUAGGGGUGGGGGGGGCAGGGGCACCUUUUCCAAACUAACAGGCUUAGUGACCGUAAUCGUGCUUUGUGACGUCUCUGUAUGUAAGCGGGCUGGGUAGGGGUAGGUUUUCUGGGGUGGGGUCUUCAGUGUCACGGAUCUUCAGUGAAGGCCAGCUGAUUGUGAAUGGGUGGGUUUAUUUAGUGUUUGGGGGGUGGGAGGGGUUGCGGAAAGCAACUUGAAGCCUUUGCAUAUUGCAUAAGAUAUAUUAUUUUCAUUUUCGUGCUGUAUAUAUUGUUUGUUUUUCUCUCUCUAUUCAUUUACUGUUGAACUAAAAAGAAUGCCAACAUUUUAAUACAUUUAGUGCAGUUAUACAUUUUUUUUUUUUUUUUUUUUUUUUUAAGUAAUUUGAGUUGAAAGGUUUUUUGUUUUGUUAAAUUCUUCCUUUUGGGGUGUUGCUGUGAGGGCAGGAAGUGAAGGCAGCCAUGUUGAUGUGUUAGCUAGCAUCAGCUAGCGUCAGCUCCAGCAGCUGACACGAGAAAGACAUGCGGUUGAAAUGUGUUCAAAAAGUGAUUUCGGGUUAUUUUCAUUUUCCUUAACUCAUUAAACGAUCUGCAGUGCAAAUGCCUUACUCAACACACACGCACAUACGCACACUCACAAACCACAUGGCUUUUGGUUUGGGUCAUUUAACCAGACGCAUGAUUGCAUUACCAAUCUUUAAACUAUGGCCUUUUUUUAUAUAUAUGUUUUUAUACACGGCUAAUUAACCAAUAGAUAAGAUUGCAGAUGCACAAGACCGGCGGAGUCAUCAACCCCACACAGUGCCAGUCCAGCAUACGCACACACUCACUCUCCAGUGCUUCUGCUAACCGACCCUUUUGUUACAGCUACUCGACUAAAAACUCAGUCACAGGACUGCAGUUUUUGUUUUUCAUUUUUCCUCCCCCCGCUCUUUCUGAUAUGCAUUUUACCCCAAUUUCUGGAUUUGUGUUGAGUACUUUUGAGAGGCUGAGAUGUUGCUCAGAUUCUUUUUUUUUUCUUUCCUAAUGUAGAGCGAUUUAGGGAGCUGAAAUUCCUGUAUCACGUUUGUUAUAAGAAUUUUCUUAAACUAAUAAACCAUUUCAACCUGUGAAA